CCAAGUGCAAGGUUGUGCGUUUUUUUCGGUGAAAUUCUUUUCCACCAUGUCGGUGCUUCUUAUCAAGGAAACUAUCUUGCUGGUCAUCUGCUUAUCAACUAUUGUAUCAGCAAGUAAACAUGCACCUCAAGUCCAUGAAGAGCACAAUGAUCGUUUACAUGAACUUGUUCGAAACGCAAGACACUCUAGCGGUGUCCAAAUGAAUUACUUUCCACCAGCAUUCCAUUAUCAACCUUCCAGUCAGCAAGAUCGUCUCAGAGCAAAAUAUCUUCGCCAGCAAACAGUCGAUAUUUUAAACUUGAAAAACACGAAAAUGUUUCCCAUCAAUGCUGACGCCUUUUUUGAAUUACAACAGCAGUCAGCAGUACAUAAACCUGCGCAUGAUUUUAGCGGUGACGACUGGAAACCAUUUCAACCAAGACAUGCUGUCCCUAAAGCAAAUUAUAAAAAAACAGCAGUACCUAAACGUAACGAAAAGAACGUAUUAAGUGAUUUGAACUUUGCUGGUAGCGAAGUAAACCAAGAAAAUGUACCAGCACCGCCCGCUUUGACAUCGGAUCAAGACGAAAAUACUCGCUUUAUAUAUGUUCAACCUAGUCUUCUUAGCAACAAUCUAGGAAUUGAACCAAAAGCAGCAAGCCAGAUAUUAAAAAAUGCUGCUCCUCAGUUACCAAACAUUAAGCCCAACGAAGUUCAACUCAGCGAACUGGAAAGUCUGCUCGGUAAAAAUCCAGAACUACAACUUGAAGGUUUACAAAGAAUUUUAGGUGACGAUCCCGUUUUACGAAAGGCUUUACCAGAAGUAAUCCAAAAAGAGUUUUCUCCUGUUUUUAUCGAACAUAACGGAUCUCCUUCUGGUCAACCUGAUAACUCACAAUUCCAGUCAUUACAAGAGCAGUUGGAUGCUGUAAACAAAGCAAGGUCUGAUGCUCUUUUGGCUGCAGCUCAAAAACAAGCUGAGGAACACGUGAAGGCCCAGCACAAAGCAAUCGAAUUAGCUCAAAAGCAAGCCGAAGAGGAAGUUUUAGCUAAAAUUGCCGCUCAUAAUAAUGGUGGCGCGCCUAUAAAUACGCUAGAAUUACCUAACGAAGAAAAUUUCGUUACUCCUGAAUCUGUUAUAGUUUCGUCGGAAACACCUCAGGGUUAUGUGUCAUCUACAACAGCAGCACCAGAAGUAUUAAAUGAAAGUUAUUUGGAACGGCAACCACAGGAGCUGCCUGAUUCAAUUCAAGUUGAUAGUGCACCAAGCGCACCAGAAUCUCUACCUCUUCAAGGAAACCAAGAAGAGCUUGUUAUUCCUCAUAGUGUACGUUAUAAUACAGUUUAUGCACCUUCAUAUAAUGAACCAAAGGUGAACAUAACCUCAACUAUUCCUAGAGGACGAGUGUAUCAACCAGUACACUAUACGAAAACAGCAUCUGGUUCCCCUAAACUCCAUAUCGUUUCGAAUGUUCCAACUUAUCAAAAGCAAGUUUAUGCACCGGAACAAGAACAGAAUUACAUUCCUUUACCUACUCCAGCCUCGCCUGUAAUCGUUCAGUCAGUACAACCCCAUAUAACAGCUCCAGAACCAAACAGGGCUUCCGUAGUACAACUGGCUGUUCCUCCAUUGACACCUACUAGAGGAGCUGUACAAAAUCACUUAUAUUCGAAAGAAAAACAGUAUAGUGAAGUGCCUCAAUAUGCUGCCAAGUACGCUUUCGGAUACAGAGUAGUUGAUGAACAAACCGGCAACGACUUUGGUCACGAAGAAGAGAGAGACGGUGAGAAUACUAAAGGGCAUUAUUUCGUCUUGCUACCUGAUGGAAGAAGACAGAAGGUGGACUAUUACGUAGACAACCAUGGAUACCAUGCCAGAGUUAGCUACGAUACCGUUGCUAGACACACUUACCUUCCUCCUCAGCAACGUGAAGAACCUGUCGUCGAAGAUGCUCGCCAUAAAUAAACCAUAGAUGAUAUUUAAUAGUAUACAAGGUGAUAACUUGAAAAGGAGUAAUCGAAAAUAUUUCUUAGUAAAAAUACUAUAGAAGGAAUUAGAGGGAAAAGACUGAUUUCCCCUAUAUGUAUUUGAGAACUUAAUUACUUACACCGUAGCUCUUCAACCCUUCGUGGGUUUUAGCUGACUGUACAGGGUGAGUCAACGACAGAGUAAAGUCCAUUAUCUCAUUUGUUUCGAGGUUUACAAAAAAA